GCCAGUAUGUCCACUAAGGACCUGGAGCUCGAGCGUAAGCGUGCACGGGACCGCCGGUCCCAGCAGGCAAUGCGCGACCGGAACAAGUGGACCAUCGAGAGUCUGAAUCAGCAGGUCUCGUCGCUAGCUGCAGCGCUCGACGAGCAGACUCAGAAGGCGUGUCAGUUGGGCGAGCGGGUGAAGAUACUGGAGGGCGAGAACGCCAGGCUACGAGCGCAGAGUGCUGCUGCUGCGGCUUCGGCGACGGCGACGUCAUUGACGCCGCAGAUAUCGACAAAAUGCCAUGAGCCAUAUGAGCUGCCGCCGUUCGACACUUCACCAACAUGCCUUGCGGAUGAAAUAGUACAGGCGCUGAUAGCGACAGAGAGGAGAAGCUGCCUGGCGACAGCCAAAAAUAAAGCGAAACAGAUGGCACUGAAACCUAACUUGGCCGCAUUAGUCUACAAAGACCACAAGACGGACGACGAAAUCAGCAAUAUUGUGGGUGGCAUAAUCAGGUGUUACACAGAGAUCGAGACACUUCCGACCAAGGUUGCCGUGUUUUAUUGCAUGUCGAUUUCGUUCAAGGUAGGUCCUUGCGUGGCUCAUGGUGCUGAACGGACAAAGUGGCUCGUCUGUCUCGAUGCACGCACGUGGGAGAACCUCCCAGCGUGGUUGCGGCCUGUAUCUUGCCAACUACAGACACCGCAUGCGGGCUGGAUAGACCGUAUCCCAUGGCCACGAGCACGAGAGUGGCUUAUCCGGCAUCCCGACAUCACGCUUGAUGUCUUUGCCGUUUCCUACAGCUCCUGCUUGAGUAUUCUCUGGGACCAUGACCCCGAGCAUGUCCUCAUAAAGGUUGAUGGCCGUGCGGGAGAUGGCGGCGCACCACAGGCCGUGGUGAUAAAUCCGAUUUUUGAGCAGCAUCUUCGACAGCUCAAGCACUGGACAGUCGGAGAACCAUUCAGGAGUCGCUUCAAGGAGCUGGCUGAUCUGAUAGAGCAAGACAGGCAGGACUGGGACCGCUGACGGGUUGAUGUGUCGAGGGGCGUGGAAAAAAGAACUGC